AUGGCUACUCUUAUUCUCACUCAUUUCCUAGCGUUUCUAGCCCUAACGAGUACCCUUAGAUUCAUCGCUGAAGCUAGGCCUCAACCAAGUGAUGAGGAUCUUGGUACCGUCUUUGGACCUCACACUGGCUUCGAUGAUGAGCUAGGCACCGUGAUUGGACCGCAUUCGGACGAAGAUAACAAAGGCAACCUAGAUGAUGAAGAUUUGGGAACCAUCAUUGGACCUGAGUUCGAGAUCCACAAGGACGAUUUCCCCGAAGAUUUCAUCUUUGGAACAUCCGUUUCCGCAUAUCAGGUUGAAGGUGCUAAAAAGGGUUCUGGAAGAGGCUUGACCACAUGGGAUGAAUUUACACACAUGUUUCCUGACAAGGUUGAACAAGGUAGUGAUGGAGAUCUCGGAGUCGACUUCUAUACCCGUUACAAGGACGAUAUCAAAUUAAUGAAGGAGUUGAAAACGAAUGGGUUCAGAUUUUCAAUCUCAUGGACCAGAGUCCUGCCUUAUGGAACUAUAAAGAAAGGUGUAAACAAGGAGGGGGUGAAGUUUUACAACGAUCUUAUAAAUGAACUUUUAGACAAUGGAAUACAGCCCGCAAUUACUCUCUUUCACUGGGAAUCUCCACUUGCUCUAGAAAUGGAGUACGGAGGUUUCUUAGACGAAAGGAUUGUAGAUGAUUUCCGAGAGUUUGCGAAAUUUUGCUUUGAGCGAUUCGGAGAUAGAGUGAAGAAUUGGGCGACAUUUAACGAGCCAUCGGUAUACAGCGUUGCGGGUUAUUCCAAAGGUAAGAAAGCACCAGGACGGUGCUCUCCAUCAAAAGCCCUCCAAUGUCUCACAGGAGAUUCAUCCGAGGAGCCAUACAGAGUUGCUCAUAACCAAAUUCUUGCUCAUCUUGCUGCUGUUGAAGAAUUCCGAAACUGCGAAAAGUGCCAAGAGGUUGGAGGUAAAAUUGGAAUAGUGUUGGUAUCUCACUGGUUCGAGCCUAAAGAUCCAAAUUCGAGUAGAGAUGUUGAGGCAGCGAGACGAUCACUCGAGUACCAACUCGGCUGGUUUCUUCGCCCUCUCACAUAUGGACAUUAUCCAAUGGAAAUGCAAAAUGAUGUAAACAUACGAUUGCGUGAGUUUACAGAAGAAGAAUCGGAGAAACUUAAAAAAUCUUUGGAUUUCGUCGGACUUAAUUACUAUGGAGCAUUUUUCUCAACCCCACUCGCCAAUGUCAAUUCAUCGCAGCUUAGCUAUGCGUCCGACAUGCAUGUAAAUUGGACAGUUGAGCAAAACCAUUCACCACAUCUUAAGUCAACUUCAAUGGGGAUAGUGAUAUAUCCAGCGGGUUUGCUAAAGCUCUUGAAACAUAUCAAAGAAGAAUACAUGGAUCCAGAGAUUUACAUUAUGGAGAAUGGGAUGGACGAAAUCGACGAUGGGAACAAGAAUGUAACAGAAGCCACUAACGAUUACGGAAGGAAAGAGUUCAUCAAGAGUCACAUCUUAAUCAUGGGUAAAUCCAUAAGGAUGGACAAAGUGAAGUUGAAGGGUUACUUCAUAUGGUCACUAAUGGACAACUUCGAGUGGGAGAAAGGGUAUAAAAUGAGGUUCGGGCUCUAUUAUGUCGAUUACAACAACAACAUGACACGACAUAUCAGAUCAUCUGGCGAAUGGCUAAGGGAUUUUCUUGAUUCUAAAGAGUCUCUCCAUAAAUGCUAUUUCGAGAGUCAUCGUGAGAAAGGUUACGCUCCCAAGUUGUUCGAUAAAGAGUUUUUAGAACUUGAUAAUCCGAGUAUAAGUUACAGGAGCGAUUUUAUGUGGUGA